AUGAAUUCUAAUAAUAAUACGAAACAAAAACAUGGUAAAAAACAACCAAUUUAUUUAGAACCAUCUCGAAUUCUACGUUUCAUGCAAGAUAAUGCACCGAAUCUUAUGGGCUCUCGUGGUAAUCAAGCAUAUGUAUUAGCCACAACAGAAUUAUAUGAUAAAUGGGUUCGUAUUAAUUAUGAUUUACAAGUAUGGCAAUUAUAUUUAAAAAUGGGUACACAAGAUAAAUAUUGGUCAAAAGAAGUUAUUAAAAGAACAAAACGACGAGAUGAUAAUAUUAAUACUCGUUUUACCCAAAAGAAGAUUAAUCAAUUAACUAUGAGUAUAGCUGAUAUAAACGCUUCAAUUACAAAUUUUCAAAUAGAAUUAGCAACAUAUUGGACACAAGCAUUGGACAGUACAACUGGUGUUCGAGAUUUUGCUCAACAACUAGAAAAGUGUAUUUUACCUUAUAUUCAACAUUGUACACAGCAUGUAAAGAAAUUAUCUGAAGAAAAAAUUAAACUUGCUAAAGCACAAAUGGAAGAAUAUAAAGCUUUACAACAAUUUGAAGCAGUUGCUGCACCUACUCAAUGGAGUAUCCAUUCAAUGUUAAAAAUGAAAAUGAAAGUAUGGAAUACAAAAAAUAAAAAUUAUCAAAUAGCUACGAAACGUGUCGAAUAUGAUCUACCUCCAUUAUUUAUUUCAAAAGUGGAAUUUAAUUUCAAAUGUGAUGAAUCUAUUUUGAAUUCAGAUGAAGCACAAGACUUAUAUGAUCGUAUGCGUCAAAUAACUAAAGAUUAUCGUACUCGAUCAAUGACAUUAUAUUUACAAUCGAUUACACGUGAACGUGAAAUAUUAACAAAUGAAAUUGAUCGUAUAAUUCAAGGUCUUCCAAAUGAUAAUGCAGAAGGUGGUGUGGCAGCAUUUAAAAAGUAUCAUGAUCUACGUAUACGAAGAUUUAAAUUAGAAGCGGAGCAAUCAUGUUAUUUUUUAGAAGAGCAACGAGUCGCGGGCAACGUACAACUAGAAGAAGCAAUUGCUCCGACUGUAACUCGACAGUUGAGCGGGGAUUUCUCGCUCCAACAAUAA